AUGGACCACAAUCAUCCAUUAACAACAUCGGAUGUUCAUUUACAUACAGAUCCUAAUUCAAAAACAAACGCUAGUUCAUCAACUGUAAUAGCAACAUCUACAACAACAACAACAACAGGAACACAACAUACUGACACACCCGGAACAAGCCAUAUACCUACCCAACAUAUAAUUGGCUCACAUACAACUGACGAACGUAAUAAUGAUACCUCAUCACACACCUCAACAUUAACGACGCAUAAAGAUAAUGAUGUUCAACAGAAAAAAGAUGAAUUAUCGAAUAAAGCACAUGAUAUUAAAGAACAAGGAAAGGACAAGGCGCAAGAGCUGGCUGGCCAAGGGAAAGAAAAAGUGGAUUCUGCCAUUGAACAAGGAAAACAAAUUGGAUCAGAAAUCGCUGAUAGUGCGUCGAAACUGAAAGAUCAAGCACAAGAGAAAGCAAAUGAAGUUAAAGAACAAGUUCUACCAAAACUGGAUGCUGCUGCUGAACAAGCAAAAAAAACGGGCGCUGAAGUAGCCGAUAUUACAGCACAAAAAGCAAAUCAAUUGAAGGACGCCGCAGAAGAGAAGGCUGCACAAGUUAAAGAGCAAGUACAACCGAAAGUCGAUACUGCCAUUGAACAAGCAAUAAAGACUGGAUCGGCAGUGGCUGAUGCAACCGUUCAAAAGGCUGGUGAAUUAAAAGAUGCUGCAACAGAAAAAGCUGGAGAACUUGCGGAUGCGGUGGGCGAAAAAGCUGAACAAGCCAAAAACGCAAUUGUUGAAACAGCGAUCAGUGUGAAAGAUGCCGUUUUACAGAAAGCAGAUGAAGCAAAACACACCGUUGUUGAAACUGUUCAAGGCGUUCCUGCUGCUUUAGCGGAUGCUGCAGCUACUGUUAGUGGUUAUGUUGGUGAAAAACUGGGCGAAGUGGGUCAUUGGGCAGGAGAAAAAGCUGUCGCUGCGAAAGAUGUCACAGUUCAAACAUUGAUCGAUGUUAAAGAUGCAACUGUCAAGUCGGCGCAAGACGCUAUUCAUUCAGUUGUUAGCAUGGCGACUGAUGCCAAAGCGAAAGCAGAUGACGUAGGAGAAGAUAUUAAAGAAAAAGGAUCGGAAGCUGUUGAUCAAGCAAAGCAGAAAGAUGUCAAAGAGAAAGUUAGUGAAGGUGUUGAUCAAGCCAAGGAGAAAGGUGAAGAAGUAAAAAAGCAAGCUGGUGAAUUGAAACAUGAUAUUCAACAAAAAAGUCAUCAAAUUAGUGAUGCAUCCCAUUCACCAUCAUCAACAUCCUCGUCGACUACUCCACAUCAAACGUGUGAUAAAACCGAUCAAUGUCAUCAAGAAUUAAAUUCAAAUAAAACAAAUGUUACGUCUACAAUUCCACCACAAGUAACUAGUACAGGUCAUGUGGAAACAACAAAAAUCGAAGUACAUGAACAAAAAACAACUGGAAUUACAGAUACUACACCAACUCACUAA